UUGCAUGGGAUGACAAUGAGUGGUGAGUGUGUGUGUGUGGUGGUGUUGGUGUGAGUGGUGAUGCAGGUGAGGUUAGCGGUGUGGUGAAGUGAUGAUGUUGGCCUGCUUGUGAUGUAUUGAGUGUUGGUGAGGGUGUUAUGGUGUUGUGAGUGGUGAUAAGGUUGAGUUAGCGGUGUUGUGAAGUGAUGGGGUUGGCUUGAGUGGUGAUGAAUGUCUGUGUGUGGUGAUGAGGGUGUGUGGGUGUUGUGAGUGGUGAUGAGGUAAAGUUAGCGGUAUGGUGAAGUGAUGGUGUUGUCUUGAGUGGUGAUGUGUGGGUGGUGUGAGUGGAGAUGAGGUGAGGUUAGGGGUGUGAUGUGAUGCUGUUAAGUGGUUCUUCAUCACACAAAGCAGAGCAGAGCCAUCCACUCACAGCAAGACACACACACACACACACACACACACCAGCCAUGAGCUACAACAGGGGCCGAGGGUUUGGCUUCGGGGGGUUCUCCUUUGCCAAGAAACAGGAGACCAUCCCCCCGCCCCCCAACGCCACCCUCAGCAAGCAUGGCUACCACACCAUGACGGCCAUCAGCCAGAACGCGAUCUCAGGCGGCUGCGGGUACGGCCAGCCACGCAAGAGACCCAGGGACGAGGACGAGUACUUUGAUGACGAGGAUGAGAGCUUUGAGGGAGCGUACCAGCCAGCGCCAGGCAGCCCGGGGCCCCAACGCAAGGAAUCCUCAGACUCUGACGAGGACCCACUGGACGCCUUCAUGGCCGGCAUAGAGCAGGAGGUGAAGAGAACGAAGGUGAAGGGCAGUGAGGAGAAGAAGGAGAUGAAGGGCGUGCGUGACGACAUAGACGAGGAGGAUGACGAGGAGUCCUACUACAGAUACAUACAGGAGAACCCUAAUGCUGGCAGGCAACAGGAGGACAGCGAGGACGAGAUCGAGUAUGACGAGGACGGUAACCCCAUCGCCCCCAAGAAACCCAAGUACAUUGAUCCGCUGCCCCCCAUCGACCACACUGCCAUACAGUACCAGGAUUUCACCAAGAACUUCUACCAGGAGCACGAGGACAUCGCUGUGCUCUCCUCUGCCCAGGUGCACGAACUCAGGACCAAGCUGGGCAUCAAGGUUACAGGUUUUGACGCACCCAAGCCAGUCACAAGCUUUGGACACUUUGGUUUUGACGAGGCGCUCAUGAAGUCUAUCCGCAAGUCAGAGUACACCCAGCCAACGCCCAUCCAGUCCCAGUCCGUGCCCAUUGCGCUGAGUGGCCGCGACGCCAUCGGUAUCGCUAAGACUGGCAGCGGCAAGACAGCAGCGUUCAUCUGGCCCAUGCUGGUGCACAUCAUGGACCAGAGGGAGCUGUCUCCUGGCGAGGGUCCCAUCGGCCUCAUCCUGGCUCCCACACGUGAGCUGGCACAACAGAUUUACACAGAGGCGCGCAGGUUCGGCAAGGUGUACAACAUUCAGGUUGUGUGUGCGUAUGGUGGCGGCAGCAAGUGGGAGCAGAGCAAAGGACUGGAGGCCGGCGCUGAGAUCGUGGUGGCAACGCCCGGCCGCAUGAUUGACAUGAUCAAGAUGAAGGCCACCAACCUGCAGCGCGUCACCUUCCUGGUGCUGGACGAGGCCGACCGCAUGUUUGAUAUGGGGUUCGAGCCACAGGUGCGGUCAAUAUGUGAUCACGUGCGGCCAGAAAGACAGACGCUGCUCUUCUCCGCCACCUUCAAGCGCAAGGUGGAGCGGCUGGCCCGGGACGUGCUGACGGAUCCUGUGAGGGUGGUGCAGGGCGAGCUGGGAGAGGCCAACCAGGACGUGACGCAGAUUAUCCGGCUCCUAAACUCCAACAACCACAAGUGGCUCUGGUUGACACAGCGGCUUGUGGAGUUCAUGUCGGAGGGGAGCAUCCUCGUGUUCGUCACCAAGAAGGCCAAUGCCGAGGAGCUCUGCAACAACCUACAGAUCAAGGAGUUCGACGCGCUGCUCCUCCACGGCGACAUGAGCCAGUACGAGCGUAAUGAGGUCAUCACGGCGUUCAAGCGGAAGGACAAGCCCAUCCUCGUUGCCACCGAUGUCGCCGCACGUGGUCUGGACAUCCCACACAUCCGCACUGUUGUGAAUUACGAUGUGGCAAGGGACAUUGACACCCACACCCACCGUAUUGGGCGUACUGGUCGUGCCGGGGAGAAGGGCACGGCGUACACUCUCGUCACAGACAAGGACAAGGAAUUCGCUGGCCACCUGGUGCGCAACCUGGAGGGGGCAGCGCAGGAGGUCCCCAAGGAGCUGCUAGACCUGGCCAUGCAGAGCUCCUGGUUCCGCAAGUCCCGGUUCAAGCAGGGCAAGGCCAAGGCUCUGGGUGGACGGGGCCUUGGCUUCAGGGAGCGGCCUGGCCUUGGCUCCACCCCGGCUAACGAGACAACAGGUGGUGAUGGGGGAGGAGGAGGGGGAGAGGGAGGAGGCACCGAUGGUUUUAGUGGUGGCAGUGAAGGAGGGGACAGUUACGGUGGCAAUGGUGGCGAAGGGGGCAGCGGCGAGGGGGCGGCAGCGGUGGGCCCAGCCAGCCAGGCGUACGGUGGAGGGGACCCCAGCAUGACAGGCCCGGCCACCAACCGCCUGGCCGCCAUGAAAGCCGCCUUCCAUUCACAAUACAAGAGUCAGUUCACUGCUGCGAGCGCCGAGACCUCCUGGACGAUAGACAAACCCACGUACGUUCAACCCAGCCAACGCCGCAGAAAGUCACGGUGGGACGACUAGACGUGUGAGGGAGUCUUGAAAACUGAAGCGGCGGCAGCAGCAGUGAGGCGUGACAAGUGAUGGACACAAGGAUGAACUGACGGACACUUUAACACCCGGAGACAAGUGAUGCAGUAUUAACAUUUUAACUCGCCAGCAGAUCAUCGUUGCAUUACUGAUUUUUUAUAUGUCUCAUUCUCAUUGCUCCUCUCUCCUCCUCCUCCUCCUCCUGUUUUUUGGUUGAGUGCAGACAUAGCUAUCCCACUGAGGCUGUACAUUCACAAUUUGUGAGUUGUGUUGUUUGAAAGCAGUUUCAUUAAAAUUUAGAGCCUCCUGAGCUACUCUUCCACCCUCACUCAUUCACAAAAAAACAAACUGUGGAUGGGAGAUAUGGGUAGUUAGUCGUCUUGUGCUGCAAAAGGCAUGGAGACUGUAUAUGUAUGUGUGUGUUUGUAUGUAUGUGUGUGUGUGUGUGUCUGCAGGUGUAUGUGUGUGAUUCACCUACUUGUAUCUUCCUGGACUGAGCUACAAGUUCAUGUGUCUUGGGUCUGAAGGCCUUGGGUUUUCGCUCUUAGGUUUCUCGCCUUUUGACGGUGGCAGACCAUCACCUUAAGCUAGGGGAUAGGACACAACCUCUGACUGACCCCCAGCACCUAUUCUCUUCUGAGUGACUAAGGGCACAUGUAAGGAGACUACCCAUCCAUCUCUGUGCCGUCCGGGAAUCGAACCCGGGGUCUCUGUUGUGAGUUGAGCAUCCUAACCACUAUACUGCACCGUAUCACAGGCGUGUGUGUGUGUGUAUGUGUUAAUGUGUGCGUCCGUGUGUGUGGAGGGAUUAUAGUCAAUGGUUUCAGAACACAAAAAUCUCUCCACACUAGGAGCUGUAUAUCUUUUGAUGGAGAGUUUAUAGGUCUUUUCUUGUGACACUCAUAGCUAGCUUGUCUUUGUAAUAGUUGAAGUGUGUGGAAAAUAAAAUAAGUUUAUAAAUGGAUUCCUAUUGAAAGAAAAGGCUCUUCCCCUCUCCAAACUUGAGGCAAACAAAAUCAACACUACUCAAGAAGCAACACUUCCGUAACAUUCACCUGCUGCAGCAGAUCGCUUCAUUGUGUGAGAACUUUAUCCUGUUUUCUUCUUCAUACUUGAUAUGCAUACCAUCCUAGCCAAUUUUAUCUGUCUCUCUUUAUCUCCCACUUUCCCUCUGAGAACUGUUUGUAGUCUGAUGAUCCUGACAAAUGUCCUUACUUUUGUCAUUCAUUGAUAACACUUCUUUUUCCAGAGGGUCUUCCUUUCUCUUCCAUACUUUUGUAUCUGUCUGUCACCCAUAAACUGUUAUACUCAGCAAAGGUGCUCAGAGCAAGUCCUGAGCCACCAACACUUUUUUCUCCUAUUUCUCUCACAUUUGACAUGGUAAUGAGAGAUUUGGGAUCCUACAGCAACUGAGUUGUAUCAAGGCAGUGCAGUAAUUCACUGAUUUUGCAGCUGUUGCAUUUGUCCAGACUGAUCUGAGAAAGCCCUGCAAGAUUGUAACGUUACUCCCCUGGGGACGGUUAUGUUACUUCAUUCUGAGUAACCCCUCUCCCCAAGUAACACCCAACAUGCACAGGCACCAUGAAGUGUUCCAAGAGGCAGGACACUGUCAUGCUCCCCAGCCAUGCCUCGGUGGUGUCUAAGUAACUGCCACCGGCCGACGUACCUUUGUGGCCCCUUUGCAGAAUCUGUUACAGAGGUGAUGAGCAACAAGAAGCAGCAUGAUGCACCUUACUCUGGUGAGGCCUCGUGACCUUGGAAAGCAGCACAGGGAGGGUGUGUCCCUUACAUCCCAGAGGCAUUAGACUCCUCCAUCAUUUUUUGGUGGAUAGCAGCAGGUGUCAUUGUUGUGUAGAUAACUGGGGCUGACCUGAGUGUGUGAAGGAAUGUUUGAUUAUCUAAAAGUAAAUCUUUAUGGGAAUAUAUUUUGUUAAAGGCAGAGAUGAGGCUCCAGUUGUCAAUGUUUUCAUGUACCUGAAAGAAUAUAUUUUGUUAAACUUUGGGGGAAUCUUGAGUGCCAAUCAGAAUGUAAAUAGGUUAAUGUUCAGGGAAUCAAAGUCAGUCAUGUGGAAAGAGAAUGAAUAUCAUGUAGUUGUAUAUGCUCAAGUUACUUGAGAUGUAAUUUAGUGGCAGAGUAGAGAUGUCCAUUUAUUGUAAUAUUUAGGAAGAGAAAGGUGUUUCAAACAAUAUUCCACAACUUUUGUUUGCCCCAGUUUAGAGCACACUGUGACAUCCAUCUUCUGUACAUGUUGGACACAUAAAGGUGCUCUCUGCAUCCACUGGUAAGCGUGUCCCCUUCCCAACACAGACGUAUGCAGAAGAAACACAUUCAGGGUAUAUUUUCCAAUCCACUCCUGCCAUUGCAAUUACUACUUAUAUCAGAAAAGCUACUCUGAAAAUCUGAGAUGAAGUAUGAAAAUUAAUUUUUGUACAUCUCAGUUUUCAAGAGUAAUUAUUUCUUGAUAUAAGUAUGAGUCGGAACGGUGGGCACGGAUUGACAGAUAUACCAACAUACUCAUCAAGAACUGAACUCCCAGGCCUCUGAGACAGCCACCAGCCUGAGCAAGUGUAUGUAGCUGUGCAUUGACAAAGUAAGCAGCAGUCUGUUUGCUGGUCUAGCUUGUGUGAGAACCGAGUGGUCACGUGAAAACUUAAGUUGGACCUGUUUUCUACAAAGUGUUGAUUUGACUUGAAGCACAUAUACGAGAUGAUGUUUGAGAAAAGUAGUAGACAUUUGUACACAUAGGUUGGAGAAAAGCCUUGAGGAUGUGUAGAGACUAUGUGAGUGUGUGUUUCUUGUGUGUGUGUGUAUACUGAUAUGACUGUGUAAGUAGCUGUCUCUACAGUGUGUGGGCUCACCGGACUCAUACACACCCCUGGCAAGGCUUAUUAAACAAAAUUAUGACGGACAAUGUUGGUGACGAAAGUAUUUAAGAUGACAAAAUGUAAUGAUACAGAACUGUUGUUUUAACUUAACUUUGGCAAAUAUUAGGUUCUAUGUUAAUGCUUGACUUUGUGAAGCCAUUAAAGUAUAGAACACUG